CCAAAUGUGUAAAUUAACGUAACAAGGUAGAGAAUCAUCACAAUCUUAUCUUUAAUCUCCCGUACAAGUACAACACCUGCUGAUCAUCCCACUCCUCAACUCUCCCUCCUUUUGGUUUCCACCUGAAUCCAGAAAAGAUGAAGACAAGAGAGGGAUCUUUUGCCGUGGCAAAGUUUCGAGCUUGUCGCAUUAACUGAAAAGCGAGAAGAAUUUCCCACGUUUUGCUCAUCACUUUAAUACUGUUAAGUCCUUUUAGGCCGACAAUGUAUGUAACUACCAUAUAUACCUCCUGUCUAACAGCCUUCUGAUCUCAUUCUUUUUAACCUCACUUAAUAAAACCAUCACGAAAUCUUAGACCUUUUAUAAAUAUUCAUGGGGUUCGAUCCUCAAUCUCCGAGCCCUUCUCACUUUUAUUCCCAAGAACUUCAGCUUAAACUGUACCAGGCGUUUAUAUUCUCAAUCCCAAUACUCUUUUCCAUCAUUCUGUUUCUCCUGUUUUACUUGUUCUAUCUCAAGAAGAGAGUUUCCACUAUUUCUUCACCUUCAGCAAACCUUCCGGAAAGCUCAAAUCAAGCGGCCCUUGUUCAUUCAUCGGGGACAGAUGUGGAGAUCCUCAAGGAAAAGCUCCCGGUAAUACUAUUUGAUGAACAUUCAAAGGCCAAGGAGACGCUGUGCUGUGUUUGCCUUGGUGAAUUUGAGGUCAAAGAGGAACUGCACCAGCUCCCAUCGUGCAAACAUGUUUUUCAUACUGAAUGUAUACGUCAUUGGCUCCAUUCAAACUCAACUUGUCCACUUUGCAGAUGCUCUGUUGUUAUUUCAACCAAAAAUAGCAACCCUGAGCCACCUGCAUCUGGAAAUAACCUACCCACUCCAGAUGCUCAGAACUCCAACCAGAGUCCGCGAGUCUUCUAUGCAGAACAGCAAGAGCAACUAAGUAUAGUUGUGACAGAUGUUGAAGAUUUUACAGGAGAACAUCGUAUAGUUCCAAAGGAAGGAUCAUCAGGAUCUAGUGAUUCUGUUUGCAUUGACAACGAACAAACUAAUUUACAUGCAGAAUCAGUCAUUAUCAGGAUUCAAGGUUCGAACACGUAAUCUAGAACUCUGUUCUUGCACCUUUUGUACAGAAUGUGGAGAAAUGGUAAUUUAUCACCACACAUGACUCGAAACAACAAACCAGGAUUGCUUGAUGAAUCAACAGCUUGAACAAGGAUAAAGUGGGAAGACAAAUUGUCUCACAGAAUUGUGGAGCUGCUAAAAGGUGCAGCCUCAGAAGAAUUCGUAGCACUGAUUUGCCCUCACUCCCUUAUUCAAUUGCCAAUAAGCUAAAUUUGGAUUUGUUAUGAUCUAAGAGGGCAAAAAGGGCUCCCCUCUUUAUCAUAUUGAAUCGGAGUGUUGAAAUUCUGACCUGGGCACAAGCUAAGUUCAGAUACCGGAUGUCAUGGAAUGUAAACUGUAGUUUAUUUUCCCUCCUUUUCCACUUAUACACGUAAUUGACUGUAAACCUUGUCAGGAAAGCCUCAGUGUCCAGUUGUUCUAAUUGCGGAGGUAUUCCUUUUUCUUUAAAGAACGUAGCUUCCACCAUGAAUCAGAGAGUUGUCCAUGGAGAAGUAAAGUAAUUUAAAGCUAUAUCAGGAUAUUCU